AUGUUUCACAUUUUUGCGCCCGAAAAAGAAAUGUGCCCUUCAAUGGCAUUGAUUAGUGCCCGGUUACGAUUUCUAAUUGAAAUUUUAAGAAACAAGAGUUUUGUACCCGGUUUAAUGGAUACUACCAAAAAAAAACCAAUGACAUAUGUACAUUAUGGUAAUUCUGCAGCUACUGAUUUAACAAUAAUUUAUCUAACAGGUGAUGGCACACGUGUUGUUGCGUUACGAUUCGAAUGA